AUGCGGCGGUUCGCAGCAGGUGUCACCACAGAGAGCCACCAGCUCUACGGUCCCUUCAUGAGGCAGCUGUCUAGCUGCAUCUUUGAGUGGGAUGCAGCGGACGUCCGUCGAUUGCUGGAGGGUAAGCGGUCCCAGCUGGAGGUGGAGCAGGGGAUGGUCGGCCUGACCGAUGGGGAGGUCUUCAGCCAGGUAUCCAAGAAGGCGAUGGGCCGCCACUGCCAUCGCCGCACAUGUGGAGCGGCAGAGACGGAACUGCGGCUCAUCGACCUGCUGGAGGCCUUCAGCGGUGAAAAAGGACACGACACCCUGGGCAUCCCCCUUUUGGACGGCAGCCGCAUCCAGGCGAUCUGGCGAGAGCAGAGGCGUCACCUCCGCUGCAUACAAGAUCCACCCGGUGUACAGCUGUACACCGAGACCGGCAGGCUGACCAAGGGCAGCGUCAGUCUGCCGGUUUAUCGCUGCGCACGCGGUUCAACGUCGCUGGAGUCGUUCCACCUCCACAUCAACCGGUUCAUCCCAGGAACAUCAGCAAACGCCCAUCAUUUCCAGGCGCUCCUGCUGGAUGGACUGGUGAGGUGGAACGAGAACUGCGCCGCAGCAGCAGUGGAGGGACGGGAGCAGCCUCUGCUCUCCUACAGUGGCCACCUGCAGCACUCCCUUAACCAGCUCAGCCAACGGGUGCUUGGUGUGAGUCUGGUUAAGGAUCACACCGCCCCAAGGGAGUGCACAGGUGAACUCCUGGGGGUGGAGUACCUGUACUCCCAGACGGGCAGAGUGCUGCAGGACACCAGCGUGGACCCUGACAUUCCGGACGAGGAACCCGCCAUCCAGGAGCUCAACGUGGAGGACGAGGGCUUUGAAGAGGCAGGCGACGAUGAGGAUGACCCAACCGUCCACGUCGUCUUGCCUCUGCCCGACGCCUCGUCCUCCAGCACAGCAGUGGUGGCAACUCGGUCAGGCGUUCACACUGGUGCACCCGGGUCAGGGCCAUCCGUUCCGGGCGCCCCCCCUGACAGCAACAACCCUCCUGAGGCCCCGGAGUUAGAGGUUGACGCACCUCUGAACUCCUCUUCAGACACUGAGGAGUGCAAAGGACCCGAUGGUCAGCCUGGCUAUCAACACAUUUGCAGGCUGGCCACGGCCUUGGUAGAGGUGCGUCACCUUCCGGGGCUGAGUGAGAGCAGGGUAGACCGCCUGGUGGAGCUGUGGCAGGCUCAACCAGAGCCAGACAAACGGCAUCUGGUCCACCCUGCGCGACACUAGGAGAGGUUGGUCAGGGGGAGGUUCAAGGCAACCAAGUCUCCCGGUGUGGCAGGCAGGGAUUCACUCAAGCGUUGCCUGCUCGGAACCGCCUCGGGUCCUGCAAGCUGGCCAAGCACGAGUCGCCUUGUGGAGGCCGUUUGCAGCCAGCUCUGCCGUCUCAAUCCAUCGGCCACGCAGUCCGCCGGGGUCAAAAGGACCAGGUGGUCCCUCGUUAUGGCGGACUAUGUGGCCAUCAGAGACGCAGUGCUGGACAACCCGAGGCUGAUGGCCCAGACCAACCUACAGCUCUUUGAGCUCAAUCAGCGGACCUUAUCACAAUGGUACUGCGUGCGUCAGAAGGAGAGGGAGAGUGCCAUCCUCCUACAAGACUUGGCCCCCCCUGCUCCGGGUCCAAGUCUUGCUGCCCAGCCUCUCCCUGCUACCAGGCCCCUCCAGUACCAGCAGGAGGGACACUGGCAGCCCUUCCCCUUUGAGACGCCGCAGGACCUCACACGCCAGGCUACCCAACAGCGACGGCCCGCCCCAGUGCCCAUUCUGCCAGCCCAGCCACCAGCCUCAACCGCCAGCCUCAACCGCUCUGUCCCAGGACAAUGUCGGUGAACCCCCCCACCCUCCUCCUCCAGAGACAGUCCCACGUACCACUGCCUGGAGGAAACGACAGAUGGAGGCGGGUGGCACCGACCAGCCCCGGAAGGCCCCAAGACAAUUCCUGUGCAGCAAGUGUGGGCUGCCAAAGAGGAAAGACACAGGACACACCCAGUUUGGCGGCACCCACUUCUGCUCUGUGGCCUCUGGAGGGAAGAGCGUUGAGGUGUGGCUGGCAGAACAGAGAGACGCUACUAAGGGGGCAAAGUGACAGAGACACUGAGCAUCCUGUUGGGUAAGUGGGACGUUUGCUUGUAUAUAGUUCCACGUUCUGGUUCACCUCUAUAAGAACCAAGACCUUGGCGAGGUAUAGAGACUUGUGUGUGUCGAAGACCCUCAGAGCUAGGUUGUCUGUAGUCUUAGGACUACUGGCAGGGACUCCCAUGGCAAACAGGUCUGAGGUGAGACACCAGACAAACAUUGGUUCAAUGCAUUCAAUAAAUUCAGGACAAGGACUGAAUGAAUACACUGUUCAGUGACUGUUCAGUGCACCACUCCCUGCAGCCAUGCAGCUACUUCAGUCUGCAGAGCAGCCAGACAACCCCCGUCCCUAUGUCGAAUCUGAGGAUACGUCCGGUCAGGCAGAACGGAGGGGGGGUCAGCAGCCUCCUCAGGUCGAGGUCCAGGCUGAAUCGGCCGUUUGAAGACAACAGCCUGCCGGAGGAAAAAGAAGACGGACAUGGCCACGUCCAAUGUCACGCAGGGUACAACUCCUACUACAAAGAAGGAGAGGAGUUUCAUCAAGUUCACCUGCGAGCUCUGUGGUCAGCCAAAGACCAAGGAGUUUGGCCACAGCCGCUUUCGGUCAGAAAACUUCUGCUCGUCCACAGCUGGGUGCUCGGUCGAAGAGUGGCUGGCCGAGAAGAGGGCAAAACCGUAGCUGUUCGACACUGCACUACCAGCACACAGGCACCAAGCCCUACCCGCAGCAUGCAGGCAACAAGCUCUGCCCGCAGCAAGGCCCAACCAGCCAGCCCUGCAACAACUUCAGAAGGACAAGACAGGCAGUACACUUAUCCUUCUUAAUGUGGCUUGUCACUGACUGAAGUGCCUACGUAUCUAUCUAUUCUUCCUAUGAACCCAGUUAUGACUGCUUUAAAC